CUGCCGUCCGUAUAUUCCGCGUGUUGUGCGACGUCGUCAACGAGCGAGAUGGCUAGCAGUGUGGUCGUAUCGGCUCCAGGGAAGGUUAUCCUUCAUGGAGAACAUGCUGUGGUAUACGGAAAGGCAGCUCUUGCUACAAGCGUGGAUCUGCGAUGCUACGUGGUGUUGAAACAAGUGGAGGAUGCGACCAUAACUCUGGACCUGCCUGAUUUCGAUCACCAUGUUCAGUGGAGUCUAUUGACCAUCAGCAGUCUACACACCCUACAAACUGCGACUGAGAUGACAGAGUUGAAAGAGCUGGCAGGUGUUACGUCAGAGUCUCCUGCCACCCAGAACACAGCAACACUGGUCUUUCUCUACCUCCUCACCCACAUUUGCAGAGAGAAACUGGCGUGAGCUCAGUCUCUAUUUCCGUCCACGUUCAGUGGUGUCUUGAGGUUCUCAUUUAGGGGUGUAAUUUUGCAACAAAUAUUCUUGCGUCCACACAACAAUUCACCUCUGCUUUUACAACUGCUUUUGCCACUACAUCUGCACACUUACUUCAUGCAGCUCUAUAUAUAAAGCAUGUGAAGUUGCUUGCACACUGGUAAAAUCAUACAAUCUUGUCUGACGGCAUGUGUUGGUUGUUACAGGGAGUUUCCUGGACUCAGUGCUACAGUUAUCUCCACUCUCCCUGCGAGUGCCGGACUAGGCUCAUCCGCCGCUUUCUCCGUGUCCCUCGCAGCUGGGUUCCUCUCUCUGAUUGGGGAGGUCUCCCCCAAUCAGCGGCUUAACAAACCGCUACAACAGCAGGCAACAGUGGAGAGUGAGAGAGGGAGUGCGAAGGUUGGAUUGCCAAUGUCGGUAAUGCAGAGACUGGAUAAACUGGGGAUCGGUGUUUCUGGGUCUGUGUGUACUGGUUGGAGUGCUAGUGAGAUGGAGGUCAUCAAUGAGUGGGGACUGAAGGCUGAGAAAUUAAUCCACGGGACGCCCCUCUGGGAUUGAUAACUCCGUCAGCACAUUUGGAGGUGCUAUUCGGUUUUGUUCAGGACAGAUCAAUCGCAUACAGAGAAUGCCAAAAGUGAGGAUCUUGCUCGUCAACACAAAGGUUUCUCGAAGCACGAAAAAGAUGGUGGCUGGAGUCAGAGAACUCCGCGACAAAUAUCCCAGUGUUGUUGGGCCCAUACUGGACUCAGUGGAGGCUAUUGUAGAGAAGGCCGAGUAUCUCCUCCACCAGUUAGCCCAAGUCUCUCACACCCAACCACAGCCAAACACAGACACCAUACACGCAGGCUUGCAGGACCUGUGCCAGGUGAACCAGUGCCUACUGAAUGCUCUGGGAGUGGGCCACCGGGCUCUGGACCAGGUGUGUGCGGUGGCUCGAGAGAGAGGUCUGGCCGCCAAACUGACUGGAGCUGGUGGAGGUGGCUGUGCCUUCAUCCUCCUACCACCCGAUUACCCGUGGGAAAAGCUGGAAGAAGUGGUGGAAGCCCUAUCAAAAGCCGGGUUUGAAAGUUGGGAGACUACCAUCGGUUCAGCAGGAGUCACAGCACACAACUUUGUAUCAACAUAAGGACACACCUCUAGCUAUAGAUUUGAAGAUGCGUUUUUUUAUCAGAGUUUUUAUAGUUGUGCGGCUGCCAUGGCAGCACCCAAGGGAGCGUCUGCGUCCUUCUUGAGGACGAGAGGCAACUCAAAGACUCGUUGGAUGUGCUCUUGAAACACGGAGUAGCUCUGUACCAGCUUCCCACUGACCAGCACCCUCUCCACCUGAUGAUAUUCCAGGAGGUGAGGUGAGAUCAUAUCACGAAGGUUUUCCACGAGUCCCCUGACAAUUGCACUCCCCACA